AUGGACAAAAACGACCUCGUCCUGAUAACCGCUGUGAACGGGUACAUCAGUAGCCACGUGGCUGACCAGGCUCUUGCGACGGGCUAUCGAGUCCGCGGGGUCGUGCGGAGGCUCGACACAACAUCCUGGCUGCAGGAUCACUUCGACGCUAAGUAUGGUGCAGGCAGGUUCGAGCGAGUCGAAAUCGCGAAUUACGCCAAGGAGGGUGCCUUAGACCAACACUUGCAAGGUGUCGCAGGCAUAAUCCACACAGCCGUCGAUUCGGCUUUGACUGGUGAGCCGGAGCCAUACAUCACCAAUGCCGCGAAGAGCAUUGUCGGCGUCCUUGAGUCCGCCUCCAAGUCUUCUGUAAAGCGCGUUGUGUACACCUCAUCAUCUAUGGCUGCAGUCGAGUGGAAGAUCGAUGUAGAGUGGGACAUGCCAAUGGAUGGGUACAACGACCGCGCCAUCAAGGAGGCGUAUACCGAACCGUUUGAUCAGACCAAGAUUUGGACUGUCUAUGCCGCAGCGAAGGCGGUCGCAGAAAAAGCGGCCUGGAAGUGGAUUGCCGAAAACAGUCCAAAGUUUGGUUUUAACGCGGUCCUGCCCGAUGCCAACUUCGGGCCGAGUCUUGUCCCAAUACAUCAAGGCCUGCCUUCGACCGGAGGCUGGCCAAAGAUGCUGUUCGAUGGCAAUCCUGAUUUCGUGCUCACAACUCCAUCCCAACACUUCAUUGAUGUUCGAGAUGAUGCAAAGCUCCAUGUCAUGGCCUUGAAACGGAAGGACGUGGAAAAUGAGCGGCUCUGGGGGUUUGCCGAGCCAUACAGCUGGAACAGUGUGCUGGCGAUUCUCCGGCGGCUGUAUCCAGAAAGGAAAUUCCUCGAUGACUUCCCGGGCUUGGGCGAGGACCUAGGUCAUCCGCCGAACCAGAGAGCUGAAGAACUCUUGAAGCUCUCUGGGCAGGAGAGGGGUUGGACACCACUCGAGCAGUCACUGCGUGAUGCUCUGGCAAGCGUUGUGUGA